ACCUCUGGGCACCUCUUACCGCCUUUUAUCGCCUCUUAUCGCCUCUUGCCACCCCCCACCUCUCAGCCGCCAUCUCUUUUCACCCCGUACCUCUCGUCACCUCCUUGUCGCCGCUCUCUUGCCGGAGCCCGAUCCUCGCUCGCUCGCUCCCCGCCCGGGCCAUGUCCCUGCGCGGCGGCCGCGGGCUGCCCGGGCUGGCGGCCGUGUCGCCGCUGCCCUCCCCGGGCACGGCCCCGCUCCCGCCGCUGGCGCUGCACAGGGCUGAGGGCUCGGACAGGCACCGCGACACCCCGAGCAGGGGGCACGGGCGGCGGCUGCGGCGCUCCCUGGCCCCGGAGCCGCGGGGCUCGGACCGUGCCCGGGACCCGCUCUCCCCGCAGCGCACGGAUGCCGGAUCGGGGCCGGACUCCCACACGCGGCAGAGCCCCGCAGCCGUGCAGGAAGACUUCCAGAAAACCGUCGCGGAGUUUGGGAGAGCUGUCAAAGACAGGAAGCUCUUUCGCCCGAGGAUCAGCUCCCUGUCGUGCCAGCUGGAAGCCAGCCCGGCGCUGCAGGAGAUCUCCCAGCUCCAGGUGCGCAGGGACAGAGUGCGGCAGUGCCAGAGCGAGCCCGAGGAUGAGGAGGGCUUUGUCCCCAAGAAGCUGCAGAGGCUGGGCCAGCGGAGCCGGCUGCCCGCCGGCCACGGGGCUGCCAGGAGGAACCUCCUCGCCAAGAGCCCCCGCGGCGCCCCAGAGCUGCUGUCCCCCCAGCUGCUGCCGUGGCACAGUGAUGCCAUCGUGCCCCAGGGGAUGGAGAAGCCGGUGACCACGCCAGUGAUAAAGAAGGAGGAGGCAAAGCUGCGUCCGGGCAAGCGCGGCCAGUGCCGGCAGCUCUUCCGCUCGCCCUCGGUGCCCGGCCGUGUCCCCGGGCCCGUCGCGAAGCGGGGGCUGCCCUCGGACGGGGCCAGCCCUGCCAGUGGCAAGCGGCAGAGGAGGGGCACCGGCAGCCCUGAGCAGGAGGCAUCGGUGGAGCCGGGAGCGUGGCUGGAGCCUCGCAGGUCUGCCCAGCUCGAGGAGAUCGAGAAUCUGCUGGCCAGCGAUGACCGGGAGCUCAUUGGGGACUUCUCCAAGCCUCACCUCCUGCCGACGGUGGAAGGGAAGGACCCGGGCCUCAAGUACAUCUCCCCUGGCACGCUGGUGGCGGUGCUGUCGGGGCACUACAGCAGCUUCAUCGAGAGCAGCGUCGUCGUGGACUGCCGGUACCCCUACGAGUACGAGGGCGGCCACGUCAAGGGCGCUGCCAACCUGCCGCUGCAGCGGGACGUGGAGGAAUUCCUGCUGGAGCGGCCCGUGGUGCCGCAGGAGGCCGGCAAGAGGGUGAUCGUCAUCUUCCACUGCGAGUUCUCUGUCGAGCGGGGGCCCAGAAUGUGCAAAUUCCUGCGGGAGAGGGAUCGCUCCUGCCACGAGUACCCGCGGCUGCACUACCCCGAGCUCUACGUCUUGAAGGGGGGGUACCGCGAGUUCUUCUUCCAGUUCCCGGGCCACUGCGAGCCCCGCGGCUAUCGGCCCAUGGAGCACCCGGCCUUCAAGGAGGAGCUGCGCAAGUUCCGCGGGCAGAGCCGGCGCGGCCGGCGGGCGCUCCGCGUCCUCUGAGCGCUCGGGGGUCCCGCAGCCCCGCCGGGGCAGCGCUGGAGCUGGGAUGGUAGGAAGGGCUCCCUUGGCGGGGGAUGCACCUCGGCUCGGGCUGCUUGAUCGGAUGGCUUGGAGACGUAUUUAGGGUUAGGAUUGGGUUUGCGUUUCUUUAUUGCUAUAAUUCUUCUUUUGUCUAUUGUUAUCAAGAUUUUUUUGUGUCUGUUGUUAUGAAUUUUUGGUUAUAUGUAUAAUUGUUUAUUAUUAUAAAUAUGUUU